CCUGCCCACUUUCGUUGCUGGUGCCAUUAUUCAGGAAUUCCCAAAAUAGGGCCCUGGCCCCAUAAAGGGCCUUAAAGGGGUAGCCAAGGGUCAGAAUGACUACUUAAGGCAUUUCACCUCAGACUGAGGUUACUUCUUUCUCAUAGAGAUAUGUAAUCCUUUGUGUAAUAUCUGUCAAUAAAUGCAACGAAUGUGCUCUGAGUUUCAUCAUAACAAGGAAGAAGCAACAAACACUCAUCUUAGCCCUUAUUUAACCCUGUCACACCAGCUGUGCGAGUGCGUCGCCACUGCGCGGCUCCCUGUCCCAUCAACUUCAGCUCGUUGCCUCCAGCCGCACCAGUCAGCCACGGUGGUCCAGGCACGGACACGUCAGGAGGCUUCAGAGGAGUUUCACGGGCAACGAUAUGGGGACUCACUGAAGACACCGCAGCGUCCUUCACCGGCAGCAUCCCGCUGAAGUAACCGAAAGGCGGACACCAUGAACUACGUGGGCCAGCUGGCAGGUCAGGUGCUGGUGACCGUCAAAGAACUGUAUAAGGGCAUUAAUCAGGCCACAUUAUCGGGCUGCAUCGAUGUUGUAGUUGUCCGCCAGAGAGAUGGAACCUACCAGUGCUCACCGUUUCACGUGCGCUUCGGGAAGCUGGGCGUGCUACGCUCUAAAGAGAAAGUAAUUGACAUCGAGGUGAAUGGGGAGCCUGUAGAUCUGCACAUGAAGCUUGGUGACAAUGGAGAGGCCUUCUUUGUCCAGGAAUCUGAGCAGCAGAAUCAGAUUGUCCCCGCCCACCUGGCCACCUCCCCGAUCCCCACCGAGAGUCACCUGUUUUGGAUCUCGGAGGUGGAGCACAGGGCACCAAAAGAUCUGGAGGAUGACCCCGCUGACCCAGAGGACCCCCCUGAGCCUCCUGCUCCCAGCACCGUGGCCACGAAAAAGAAGAAGAGGCGGAGGAAGAAGCACAAAGGAGACCCCCGAAGAGAGGAGCUGACCCCGCCCAUGUCCGUCACUACUGGUAAUGCUAUCGCUGCUAACGCACCUGCUGCUACAACUGCUGCUAUGUCCAGCACCGGGCAAAAUGAAGAGAUCUUUGAGAUGGACCUGAGCUCUGACGAGGAGGCCGCAGCACAUGUCUCUAGGUCACCCUCAGUGACUACAAUGCGUGACAUUGACCCGAAACUACCAGCAGCCAGACACAACCUUGAUGGUUAUCCAAUGUCUGAUGGAGACUGGCCAGCGGAUGACAGUCAUGGCUUGUCUCAGGCCUUUUCCCCAAAGAGUGACUCUGAACUGAUGGUCAGGCCUUCAGAGAGUUUGCUCAGAGCUGAGUCCCACAUGCAGUGGACCUGGGGAGAGUUUCCCGAAACAACCAGGGUACCCAAAAAGGAGAAACCAGAACCACUCAAAACAGUGACCAUCACCCCAUCAGAGAGCACUCACUUCCGCGUCAUCCUCAGCUCUGAGGCCAUGGAGAACGAGACAGAGCUCGAAAAGAAAGACGGUGUCUCCUCAGUGUGUACCAUUGUCAAGCCCGAGCCACGCACCCCUAUUACCACUGUAACAUUGGUGACUCCUCUCACAUCUGUUAGCACCAUAACCUCCCUGACCCCUGUAAGCCCGACAGAACCCCUGGACGUUCUGCCACUCAAUGUGGCAACCUCCACCCCUUCCAACAACCAGCAGAGCGAUUCUCCCUCUAAGAAGAAAGGUGUCCCAAAGAGGAGUCAGCAUCAGGGUCCUGAGGAUAUCUACCUAGAUGACCUGAAUGUACUUGAACCUGAUGUUGCUGCGCGAUAUUUUCCCAAGAGUGAGUCUGAGGCAGCCACUAAGCACUGGAUGGACUCGGAGAUGCGCUCUGGUUCACAGUCUCCUCAGUCGGUGGGUAGCGCCGCAGCUGACAGUGGGACAGAGUGUCUCUCUGACUCAGCCAGUGACCUCCCUGACGUCACCCUUUCUCUUUGUGGAGGCCUCACAGAAAAUGCUGAAAUAUCCAAAGAAAGGUUCAUGGAGCAUAUCAUCACCUAUCAUGAAUUUGCUGAAAAUCCAGCAAUUAUAGAUAACCCCAACCUGGUAGUAAAGAUAGGAAAUAGAUAUUAUAACUGGACACUAGCUGCACCCUUGAUUCUAAGUCUACAAGCAUUUCAGAAGAAUUUACCAAAGGCUACAGAGGAGGCCUGGGUGAAGGAGAAAAUGCCAAAGAAGUCAGGCCGCUGGUGGUUCUGGCGAAAGAGGGCGGAUAGUACAAUCAAGCAGUCAGAGACUAAACUUGAAACCAAGGAGGAGUCUCAUUUGGAGGAGGAGGGACCCUCCAUAUCUCAGGAGAAGCUGGCCUUACCUAGUCCUAAAGCAGGAGACUCAUCCAGUGAUGAGGAGGCCAAGGAGGUGAGCGCUGCAUCCUGUCAAGAGAGACUGCAGCCAGUAGAUGGCCAGCACCACCCCAGCCCACACACUUACAGGAAGUCACUCCGCCUCUCUUCUGAUCAGAUAGCCAGUCUGAAACUGAAGGAGGGACCUAACGAUGUGACGUUCAGCAUCACCACCCAGUACCAGGGCACAUGCCGCUGCGAAGGCACCAUCUACCUGUGGAACUGGGACGACAAAGUCAUUAUCUCUGACAUUGACGGCACCAUUACCAAGUCAGAUGUGUUUGGACAGAUCCUGCCACAGUUGGGGAAGGACUGGACUCACCAAGGCAUUGCCAAGCUCUACCACUCAGUCGCUGAGAAUGGCUACAAGUUUUUGUACUGCUCAGCUCGGGCUAUUGGCAUGGCAGAUAUGACGAGAGGUUACCUGCAGUGGGUUAAUGAUGGAGGCACCAUCCUGCCCCGAGGACCUCUCAUGCUGUCUCCCAGCAGCCUCUUCUCUGCCUUCCACAGGGAGGUCAUUGAGAAGAAACCAGAGAUCUUCAAGAUUGAAUGCCUUACAGACAUCAAAAACCUGUUCCAGCAUAACAAGCAGCCAUUCUACGCCGCCUUUGGGAAUAGAGCUAAUGAUGUGUUUGCCUAUAAGGAGGUAGGAGUUCCCGUGUGCAGGAUCUUCACAGUUAACCCCAAGGGAGAGCUGAUCCAGGAGCAGACCAAGGGCAACAAGUCUUCCUACGGCAGGCUUAGCGAGCUGGUGGAGCAUGUGUUCCCUCUGCUGAGCAAAGAGCAGAACGAGGCCUUUGUCAUGCCAGAGUACAGCUCUUUCUGUUACUGGAGACAGCCCAUACCAGACAUCAACCCAGAUGAGCUGCUCUGAUCCAGCACAUAUGGCUGCCCAAGUAUACAUCAUACACAUGCAACUGGACUGUGCACUUGAAUGCAUCUCCAGGUAAACACGUGGACUGGAACCCCAACUUCCCAACCUCCAUACUACUCAGACACACACACAACUCUACAAUGAGUGUGACACAGUAACAGGGUUAUGACCAUAAACACAAAAAAGCUGGUUAACUGUAAUUACCCAUUAGAGAUGAGUGGAAGUGAACUCCAGAACAGUAAAUCCUGCUGAAUAAUCGUGGAAGAAUUUCAUCCCUGGGAGACGAGAGACUAAUCACCAACUAAAUUAUCAUCUUUCCUCAUGCCUGUGAAGGCACCUUAACCCAGCGAGCACUCUAUAGUCCCCAUCACUGUACUGGAAUAGAGAUCAGAGGUACAUCUGUAGCAGAGAUGAUAUGAUAUGAUCUGCUUUUGCCAUCAGGGGAGCGACAGAAGCCCCACACGAGGCAUUAGCCCUUAGCACUAGAGUUUGAGCUGUGCAGAAGGAAAAAUUUGCUUGAAUCACACUCUAAGGAAAUGAAAUGAAACAUUCAAAGCGUGAAAGACGCACUGUUAAUUAAAACAGAACAGGCAGUUAACACAAAGCACUAGUCGCGGGCCGGUAAUAUUUUGCCUAUGCAGUGACGCAGCCUUUAUUUGGAGGCUUUUAUUGUGUUUAGAAAAGCAAAAGUAAAGCAGUGAUAGUGGCUGGUAAAUAACAGACUAUACCAACUAACAACCAUUCACAGUCUAGUUUCCAGUUGCAGUUUCCAGGAGCCUACUGUAGCAAGAGCAGGAGAGCUACUGCCGUUGUUCAGUUUUAUCCCUCACACUCUCGACUCUGGACAGACCGUGGUUAUUAGCUCAGCACUUGUGGACACGGCCACUUUUUCCCUGGAGAGGUCACAACCUCCUGAGUCAUGUUUGGUAUUCUUAAUAUUCAAGGUUGUACCUGGGAUAUACUUUUUGCCAACAGUAGUGUGUGAAGAUGCACAGUUAGGUGUGACUUAAAAAAGAAAAAAAAAACAAAAUGAAGCAGCUUCAUGAUAUAUUGUCUUGCUGUUAUUUUAAUGUUCUGUUAAACAAGCUCUGGCAAAUUACGUGUUUUGUUAACAAUGCAGUCAUUAUUUAUGAUAAUUGAUAUGUUUAAAUUAUUCGUUUCUAUCGUGAUGCCUUUGCUUGUCUGAAAAACAGUAAUUUAUCACAAAUGCAACAUGAAAAUACUUCAAAUCGGUAUUUUGUAUGGUCGGUCACAGGUUAACAUGCACUUAACAGUAACUGCUAAGCCUUGUAUGAUCUCUCUUUUUUUUUUUCCUUGUAUCCCAUGUUCACAAUGACCUGUAUUCCUUGUUUUACAGUGAAGCUUUCAACAUGUAAUGCACACACACAUUCCUGAGCAAACCUCAGAAUCUGCAGCUUUAGUAUUAAAAUAUGUGUGUAAAUGUAAAAGAUGACGCUUGAGUCAGAACAGUGGAAAUAAGCAGAUCUUAAAAAAAAAGAGCUUAAAAUGAAGGAUUUUCGUUUGCGAUGUCGCCUGUGGGAUGACUAUGGGGUGAUGUAAGUGUGCGUGUGUUUGUUUGUGUGUGUGUGUGUGUGCGCGCGUGCUUGCAUACCUAAUCACUGAGAGUUGCUGCUGCUGCUGUUGGGGUGACGGGAUGCUGCACCCCCUUUGCUUGUGUUCCCUCAGUGGCUUUACCGAGACUUAUCCAACGCACUUUUGUCUAAGCUGCACCCAGAGACACAGACUUACAACUCAGCACACCUCUCACCCACAUGCACUUCUCUAAAGGUCUUUGAAGGCAGCAGUCCAAGAGUAUGCAAUUGUUGCAGAAUGAGGAGUUCUAGUUUUACCUCUUUGUUGUGUGUGAGUGACUUUCUGAAGCCACUGACAAAAUCAGAAUUAGAAUUAUGUUGUCAGUAAUUAAUGAAAGGUGUUUUUUAUUUGUUGGCUGCAAGACAAAAUGUGGGAAUUAAAAAUGAAAUAAUGUUUAUUUGGGGUGCUGAACAGACAUGAAGGUAGGAUCACAGCCCACCCCUUAGCCUCUGAGUGAGUGAGUGUGUGUGUGUGUGUGUGCGUGUGCGUGUGCGUGUGCGUGUGCGUGCGUGCGUGUGUGUGUGUGUCUGUGUGUGACAGAGUAAAGACUGAUCCUGUGCCUCUGGUGACCAGAGGAAGAGCCAUUGGGUCUUGUUUGGAGAUAAACAGGAAAUACUUGACUGUGGACAGGAAGCUCUUUGAAGUGCUUCGCUGGCAUCAUGUGUGGUAUGUUUUAGGAAAACAAAUGUGGGCACAUGUGCCACUCCACUGACAUGGAUCAAACCUCCACAGUAAGAUGAUGCUACGUUCUAGCGAGGAUUAAAAAUCGUAGAGGAGCAGAAGCGAGACAUGACAGACAAAACCAUUCAAUGAAAAAAGAGAGGGGGGAAAAAGCACAACUGAGGAUGAGAGCUACAUCCAGGUCAUCAUCCAGAUAUUUAGUCGUCAUUAUUUGGCCUGAAGUGUUUCUGUAUUCACUCUGUAUCUCCAAUGUUUUUUUGUGAUGAUUAAGAUGCGUGUUUUGCUUUGAUACGUUUGCUUGUUCUCUACGAAGUUUGGUGAAGUCAAAUAGAUCUAUCUUAUAAUUAACAAAAAUGAAUUCCAUUCUUUCUAUGAAAGUAAAGCAUCUUGUGUGGAAGAAUCACACUUCAUCCUCUAUGAUCCUCGGAUAUGUGGUAUAUAAUAUUGUUUGUUCUCACUGCUCAAACUGCUGUGGAAAAUGAUCCAGUAUAUAUACUGAUCAUCACAUUCUUCUGUCUUCGAUGCCUUUUUUUUGUUUGUUUGUUCGUUUAUUAUUUCUUCUAAAGUGUAUGAUCUUAUGUGGGACUAUGUUAUGUUCUGUUCUGUUUGAAGGUAACGUUUGUUAUUUGAUUGUGUCUGACCAAGAGAAAUACCUUAAGUGUAUGCUGUGUUUGAUUUGUAUAGACGUGGUUCAAAGUAUGUUUAAAGAAGAAAAUCCAUUGUAAGAAGAAGUUUAAAAAAAUGACAGGCCUAAUAAAGCUAACAAAGUGUGGCUUGUGGUCAUAUUUGUAUUAAAUAAAGUUUCUAACUGAA